AUGGAGGAGGCGUCGCGGCUCCUGGCGGGUCUGCAGCCCCCUCCGGGAGGCGCCGGAGAGCCCCCUCCGCACCGGCUGCCCGCCCCGCCGGGCCCGCCCCCGCCGCAGGCGCCCCCGGGGCUCCAGGACACGGGGGACAUUUUGCAGCAGAUCAUGGCCAUCACCGACCAGAGCCUGGACGAAGCGCAGGCCAGGUGAGGGGGGGGGGCGCCGCCGCCGCCUUGGCCUGAGGGAAGGGCUGCCGGGCUUGGGACGGGCGCCGGGGGGGGGGGGCGCGGGAGAUGGGGCGGGCCCAGGCCGGGCGGGGGGAUCGAGACGGAAACUUUGCCUUUGCGCGUGGGUCCCCCCCGAGAUCCAGCGGGGAAUCCAUAGACAAAAGGGCUGGGAAGCCCCCCCUCCCGGGGGGGGAGGUUAUGGCAGGAGCACCUGAGCUCCGAGGAAAGCAGGAGAGGCACCGCGGCCCCGAAGCCCCCAAACUCCUCGGGCAGUUUGUGUCUCCGCUUCGGUACGUCCUGAACCGCGAGCCUGUUCCGUUCAUGCUCUGCAUCUGUAGGUGCACACCUGAAAACGUCAGGUGUGGAGCUUGAUGCAGUGAUCUCUGUAGAGUCUUGGGCUGCUGACUAGCCUGGUCUGGUGACAGAUGGCCUUUCCCUUGGGAUCUGGUCAAGGAUCCCAUAAUCUGUAAUGGUCUCCCAUGGUAGGUUGAUCACCAGGUGACCUAAGAGCCCCAGUGCCCCAACAAUGUGUAAAUUAGUUUCGCAGGCAGGAUGGGAACUAAAUGGGACUUGGUAAAAUGGUAUAAGAAAGAGAGAAUAAUUCUUUGUCGGGGAAGAGUGUAGUCUAGUUAGGGAGGAGUCAGACCCCAAGUUACAGAGGAUUGGUGCUAUUUCUCCAUUGCUCACUAAGGCAGAAGCAAUUCUAGCAUAAUAUAUUGCGGUGAGGGAAGAUAGUUUUGCUAUUUAAACGGUACCAUGGUCAGUACCUGCAGUGGGCAGGCCAUGAGGCAUCACAGCAAAGGCUAAUAGUGAACUUGCAGCAAGUCUGGGCAGGUCUGCAAGGAACAGGGACUCUGUGUAAGUGCAAACAAGCCUAUGGUAUGUUCAAGAAGGAAAAGAUUGAUAGCUUUGGUAUCUUUGGAUCAGAUCCUUAUAUUGUGCUUCUUACUUGAGAUAUCCGCUAAUGAAAAAUCUGGUCAGGGAUUUGAUGCAGCCUACUGGUUGCAUUUACUGUAUUUUGUUGUUCUUUUUGCCUUUGUUGAGUGAGGAACCAAAAUAAGAUGGUGGGUUAUCUGUGGCCCCACAUUUGUGAAGAAUUUGUGGCCAGACAGCUAUUAAUUGGCAACUUGUUGAAGAGUCAUCCCAGGAGAAUGGUUUUUACUUAGUUAAUGCCUGUGGUGCAUUGACAUUGAGGAACAUACUGUAUUUGCAUCCAUUUUACAGAUUACCUGCAUUUUUUUGCAAAUGGCUGGCAGUAUAAGGUAGGGAGAAUAGUGACUGACUUCUUUUUAUACCUAUGUUUAUUUCAAUACGUUACUUUGAUUUCUGCAUUGGUCAUGUAGGUCAUGUGCUGGACCAUGAAGUUGCAUGGUCUUUGCCUUAAGAGUUUGCAGAAAAUUAUUUUGCAGUUCCAUUGAUUUAAGUGAAAUUUCUGUGUAAUAAUGAGUUUAAAAACAUAAAUUAUAAUUUUUCUGCUUAGUAAAGACACACAAAUAGACUGGUCUGAAAGAGGAGAGGGAGGAACCCUUGCAUCUUCUUGGACUCUUGCUUAGUUCCUCUGUGCAGUGUUUGAUCUGUAACCCCAAGCAAAAUUGUGGCCCAUAAACACAAACAUGGCUCCACUCUGCUAAGACCCACUUCAUGUAGCCAACUUGGUGCAUUGAGAAUGUGAAUUGGGUAGAACUAUACAGCUGCCUUGCAAAUAAGUUUACAAAAGUUACUAGGCUCAAAACAUGUUUACUAACUUCCUUGUCUGCACUUGCCUAUGUGAGUCAUUUGUGGCCAAAUGGCAACAAGAAACAACUUCUCAUCCUGGUAGCCUGGAGUUGAUUCUUAACUUGCUGUAGGUGACUGGGCAAGUGGCUACUUACAAGUGCUGUAAAGUGGCAUCUGCUGACUAUCAACUAUUUGUCCAUCCUGGAUUGAGUUGUGGCAUUGUAAAUGUGGGUUGAGUGGUAAGCUGAAGCAACCAUGUACAAUACAUUCAGUGCAUAUAAAAGUCAGCAAUCCACUUUUGUCUGCCAGAAUUGGUCUUCUCUGUGGUGGUUCUCUGUGGUGGCAAUUCAUAUAAAUUGUCCCGCAGCUUCAAAAGAACAUUUUUGCCCCAUCAUGUGUUUCCUUGCAAUUUGAUACAAAUGCCAAAUUCCUGUUUACUCACCACAGAAAAUGCUGUGCUCCUUCAUGCUGUACAUUGGGGGCUAAAAUAAGCAUAUUGCUAAGUUAUACAUAACUUUUUUACUUUGAAACAGCAAUUCACAAUUCCUUCAGGUGGCCCAUAUUUGUUGGACAGUUUUAGCAAUGUACAUUCAAUAGGACAAACUCAUAAUAUAGUUUUAUCUUGCAUUAGUUUUGUUGACAGAGAAAUUAAAAAAAAUCAGGGAGCAGGACUGCAAGCUCCUAUUUAUAUAGGUGUGCAUCUGCCCGCCACUCCUGGCUGUUCCAGGAUGAAACUCUUUACCCAAGAGUUGGUUUGUAAGUGCUGUAGCUACUUCCUUGGUAGCCUUUGGUGAGUCAGAUUAAUCUUCUAACAAGACUAAACUGAACAUCUCCCUUGUGGGGGGGAAAGUGGAGGGUGUACUUCUGUAUAUGAAGAUCAUAUAAACAAUACAGAAGUAAGGCACUUGUUCCUUAGUUAUUCCUAGAGAACUACCUAACCUAUCUGCUCACGGGAACAUCACCCUUAAAGUCACUGGCUACAAGCCGGCACAGAAUUAGUUGCCCUUAAACUAUCUGAGAUUGAUGAGCUUAAGGCUGAAUCCCUAAGAACACUUACAGUACUAUGAUGUGAGCGCAAUGGAAGAGGGCAACACACUUUGGAAUAAACACACACAGGACUGAGCUUAAAGGUAAAGGGACCCCUGACCAUUAGGUCCAGUCGUUGCUGACUCUGGGGUUGCGGCACUCAUCUCGCUUUAUUGGCCAAGGGAGCCAGCGUACAGCUUCUGGGUCAUGUGGCCAGCAUGACUAAGCCGCUUCUGGCGAACCAGAGCGGUGCAAGGAAACGCCGUUUACCUUCCCGGCGGAGCGGUACCUAUUUAUCUACUUGCACUUUGAUGUGCUUUCGAACUGCUAGGUUGGCAGGAGCUGUAAGUGUGUCUAAUUCUGUGUUGAAUUGAAGCAUUAAUGGCUAACAGAGAUAUGAGGUACAUAUAAAAAUCUCAACAGCUGCCCCAUAGAAGAGGGAGCCAGCUUGUUUUCUCCUGCUCUGGAGGGGGGGACCUGAACCAAUGGCUUCGAGUUACAAGAAAGGAGAUUCCAACUAAACUUUAGGAAGAACUUUCUGACAGUAAGAGCUGCUGGACAGUGGAAGGGACUCCCUCGGAAGGUGAUGGAUACUCCUUCCUUGGAAGUUUUUAAGCAGAGGUUGGAUGGCCGUCUGUCAGGGAUGCUUUAGUUGAGAUUCUUGCAUUGUGGACUAGAUGGCCCUUAGGGAUCCCUUCCAGUUCUAUGGUUCUAAGCAUUUAUGCCACUGAAUUUUCAACAGAAUGCCAUGUUCUGCAGUAAUGGUCUAGUAUUGUUAUCCCUCUAAGUCAGUGGUAGGCAACCUAAGGCCCGUGGGCCGGAUGCGGCCCAAUCGCCUUCUCAACCCGGCCCGCAGACGGUCCAGGAAUCAGCGUGUUUUUACAUGAGUAGAAUGUGUCCUUUUAUUUAAAAUGCCUCUCUGGGUUAUUUGUGGGGCAUAGGAAUUCGUUCAUUCCCUCCUAAAAAAAUAUAGUCCGGCCCACCACAUGGUCUGAGGGAAGGUGGACCGGCCCACGGCUGAAAAAGGUUGCUGACCCCUGCUCUAAAUAGUAAUAUAGGGCUGGAUUACUGCAUUACUGCUGGGAGACAAAAGGUGCUAACUAUCUAUGCUGAAUUUUUGAGCAUUUAUUUUGUAAACAGUCUAAAAAGUAAGGUUAUGAACUAGUCAUAGCAAUCUGUAACACAGCUUUUCAGAGGCAAUAUUCUGUGCCUCCACCACUUUGAUAGGUGCAGAUGUAGAAAACAAAAACAUCCUGAAUAAGAGGGUGCGUUUAUGGCAGAAUUCUGUGUGGAAAAGCAUCUUAGAACCUAUUGUCUUUACUCAUGCCAUUGUUAUGAACACAAGAAAACCAAGGUGAUUCUGUUUAAUGAGAUGCUGGCUUGAGAAAUGCAGCCUUUUUAGGAGUGCAGUGGCCUCUCUUGUGUUUUUCUCAUGGGACUAAAAUUAAUUAUGGGAGGUAACAAGCUUGAUAUAGGAAGAGCACAGCAAAAGGAAUUAGCAUCAUUCCAGUUACUCACUUUGCCCUGAUGCUGCAUGUGAUUUGGUAGUAAUUCUUCUGCAUUGAUAAUAAAAUAGAACACAUUGAUUAUUUAAGCACAGGUGCCAAAAUUCCAAUUUGAGAGUUUGCUGCAAGAAACAUCAGUGCAUAUGAAGCAAAAUAUUUGCUCUGUGCAGUGUGCAGCUCCAUCAUGAAUUGAAUUCUGUGGAAGUGUGUUGCUUGAACCCAAGAAUAAAUUCCCAUCCUGUUGAUGUGGUAGAAUCAUCCAAUGAUAGGAGGACCCAUAAACAAAAACACAUACAUUCAACUGUGGACCCAGGCUGGGUCAGGAUGCCCAGGUGUAUAUAUGUGUGUACAUCUCUGUGUGUAAUUUGUUCUUUUGGUGUAACCCUCUGCCAUGCUUACUCAGAAGUAAGCUAUUGAACUUAGUAUGCCUUAUGGCCUAAUAAGUGGCCUUAGGACUGAAGCCUGUAUGCAUUUGCAGCAGUAGCUCUGGGGUAAUGCCAGUGUACAGCAGAUACAUUUGAGGUAUAAGUAUUGAGUUAUGUUAAUAUUUCCGUUCAUGUAGAAACAUGAAAAGAGAACCUCUAAGGUACACUAAAUUUUAAUUUAUUUAUCUUGACAGCUUAGAAUCUUCAUCUGUGGCACCGUAAAACAAAGUAGCACUCUGUAUAUUUGCUCUCUAAAACGAUUUCCCAGUUUACAUUCUAAAUUAUCCGUGGAUACAUAUUUAGAUGUUCUCUCCUCCUUCGUGCAGUGGUGUGUUCCUUCUUUUUCUCCUCAUUUCAUUCAUGUGCCAGUUUCCACAUUCCUUUGAUUUACUGUGCAUGGCGAAAUGCAGAAAGGAUUAACUGCAAGGUGCAGCACCAUGAGUCGUAGUGUACACUUGUGCAGCAAUACACCAGGAUGCUCAACUAGUGCAGUAACUUGAAAAGCUACAUGAGCAGGUGCAUGCGGACAGGUACCUGUCCUCAAGGAUUGCUUUUAAAGAUUUUUACAGGCAUAUACUGACAUUUAUUCUUAGUUGUGCAAGGAAAACUUCAGCCUGGCUGGUCAAAGGAGAGCCAUGCACUGGCCUGAAGUUUGCAAUGCUGGGCGUAAAGGUACCUAUGGAACAAAAUCCAAGCACUCCAUGUAAUGUGGGCUGACUACACUACUACAAGUCUCAGUGUUACUAGAACGCUCCAGUGCUGCUACAUCUCAUAACAGUUUGUUACUGUUCCCUAUGAAGUAUUGUGAGUACAGUGGUAUCUCGGGUUAAGUACUUAAUUCAUUCCUGAGAUCUGUUCUUAACCUGAAACUGUUCUUAACCUGAAACACCACUUUAGCUAAUGGGGCCUCCUGCUGCUGCCGUGCCACCGGAACACGAUUUCUGUUCUUAUCCUAAAGCAAAGUUCUUAACCUGAAGCACUAUUUCUGGGUUAGCAGAGUCUGUAACCUGAAGCGUAUGUAACCUGAAGCGUAUGUAACCCGAGGUGCCACUGUAUUAGCAAUAAGAAAUUCAGCACUUAAAACAAAGCCAGAAAUCUACUGUUAUUGGUUCUUGCACUUCCCGGUCAGUAGGAACUCUCCUACGGGGGGGGGGGGGGCAUCUUUAUGUUCCACUUGGCAGCCUUAUUGCCUCUUUGACAGCAGUCAAGGCCAGUCUUAUUAAUCUGAGUCUUGGAGCGAACCUUGCUUGGUAGCAGUCUGAACCCUCUGCUUGUAUUCAGAAUGUUACUGCUUGUGUUGCCCUUGGAGACCUGCACUUUGUCAGAGGAAGUAAAGUUAUGUUGUGUACUUGGAUCUUUGCAUUUGACUUUUUGUGCAAUCACAAACUACUACCUUUCGUGUUCAGCAGGGUGCCACCUCUUCGAGGAACAGAAUGUCAAUAGAAGCAGGCAAUUUGUGCCAUGUUUUGUUAAGUCUGUUAGGUUAGACUGGGCUGGAUGACUGCUGUGAGCUGUGGAAUGUUGAAUGAAUUUACUCUAAUGUAAGAUUCUUUCUUUUUCUUGUUUAAAGAGUCUGCCUUCCAGGGUGGCAGAUACCUAAGUAUUCUGGUGUAUAGUAUUUUUAAAACAUCAUUAAAUUUCAAAAGUCUCUAUACACAAAAAUCAAGUAUGGAUUUGACAUUGAACUAAAGCUGAGGUGGCUGUUUGACCCCCCCCCCCCCCCGUUGUAACGUGCAUUUGUUUAAAAUGUUUAAAAUCUGUUGAUUAAGAAGCCUAACUUACUCAACUGUUUAAAGAAAAAAGUAGGACAGGUUUCAGAAGAAGGGCAGAUAAAACCACAAUAAAAAUAAAGCAAUAAACUCUAAAAGCAGUAGAUAAAAAGACCAGCAUAAAAUCAAUAAUCAGGGGUACAGUUUCACAUUUGAAAGACCUGUGAAAAUAAAAAGAUAUUCAGUGCAGAAAUUAUAUCAAGGUAGGUGUCAGUCAAACCUCCCUGGGUGAGGUGGUCCCUGCUUGCAAGUGCUGCAGAAGGGUCCCAAAAUAUCAGUCAUUGUACUGUAUCAGCAGACUUGGCUGGAGAUACAGUGGUACCUCGGGUUACAGACGCUUCAGGUUACAGACUCCGCUAACCCAGAAAUAAGAACUUUGCUUCAGGAUGAGAACAGAAAUCGUGUGGCGGCGGCGCAGUGGCAGUGGGAGGCCCCAUUAGCUAAAGUGGUACCUCAGGUUAAGAACAGUUUCAGGUUCAGAACAGACCUCCAGAACGAAUUAAGUUCUUAACCUGAGGUACCACUGUAGAUGAUUCUUCUGUAGUCCUAAACCAUGAAGGCCUUAAAAGCUAAGAACUGGCCCCAUGGAUUGUGCCUAGACCUGAGUUGGAAGCCAAUGCAGCUGUUUAAUCACUAAUGAGAGAUGUUCUGCCCCCUAAUUCCAGUUGACAGUCUUGCAGCUGUGUUUUGAAUUAACUGUAGUUUGCAGACGGUCUUCGAAAGCAGCCCUGCAUGCAGUGCAUUUAGAAAUUUUGCAACAGGAGUAAGUGGGCUGGCUUCCUGUAUAGUCUUUCAGCUAUGGAAAUUGUAGAACUAUGGGAUUAAUGUAGAAGUCCUGGAAGAGUAUUGUCCCAAGAAUGAGUAAUGAACUUUGGCUACCAUUGAGUAUUUAAGCAAGUUCUGGAGAGUUUAAUUUAUGAGCUCAAUAUUAUUCAUUGACGGAUCUCUAUACUGAGUUUGAACUUUAUGAAAUCUGAUAGCGAUGGUUUAUUUGUAUUUGUCAUUGCUUACUAAGGCAACAUUUAAUGUAAUAAUUUUAUUUAGCCAAAUGAUUUUGGGGAUGGACCAUGUAGCAUGAAGGCCCACUGUUUCUCCUUUGUAUUUUCAAAGUGAAAUUCUAUACAUGUCUGCUCAGAAGAAGCCCCCAUUGAGUUCAGUUCAGUGGGACUUGCUUCCAGAUAAGUGUGUAUAAGAUUGCAGCCUCAGUUGCUCUAACUGUUGUGUCUCUUCUUCCAAGAGUCUUGGGGCCAAUUUAUAUAUUCAGAGUGUUGGUGGAGGGGUGCCUGCUUAAAUGCCCCCACUUUCCCCAUCUUCUAUACGUAUUGAAAUAAAUCCUAGAGAAAGCUUUGCUGAAUCCAUCCUCCUGGCAUGCUAGAUUUGUUUGUAUAGGAAGCUCUUGGGAGGGGGACAUGAAAAACACGAAUUUCAGCCUGAAGUAGUGCUGCCCAUGAAAAGUAUCAGCAUAUGAUUCUGUUAAAUAUAUCAACACUGGUGGUACAACUGGACUCAACCACUUCAAACUUUCUAUGUAAGAAGCUCCCUGCAAAUGGGGAACUACUAGACCAAGGAGAGGAAUUCUACGCUAAAACAUUCUCACUGCUGUGCUAGUUUCCCAUACAGAGAACAUACUCUACAUGAGAACCUUCAGAAAUAUCACUCCCUUGCUCUUCUGCAGUCUCAUGUGGUGCAGUCUGAAAUUCUUACCCUGCAUAAAAGAGAGGCUGGCUUUCAAUUGCAUUGAUUUUGGUGCAUUGUCACUGAUCUGCUGUGACUGCUCCAACUUGGGAAUUUUUUUAAUGAGAUGCGCAAGGCUGCACUUAGAGCUACAACCUGACAUAUCCUGAAGGUUGUGGUGCCAGUUAAAUAUUAAUCCUCCCACUCCACCCCAUGACGACCCGCUUCCUGGUUUGAAAAUGUAUGAUGUAUUCUAAGUGCAAGGAGAUUUGGAGCAGAACAGCUAGACUGGGACAUGGUAACACCCCUUGCUUAUUCAGUAUGAAUGGUGCCCACCUGAAGUGGUGCUUAAAACAAAAGGGCUGCUACAGCUGGUUGUAUUUGCACAUGAUAUGUAGUUUUGGCCUUAAUAGAAAAGCAAUAUAAAAACAAGGUGGUGUAUUGCCGUUUGUUGCAUUAUUAUAUUCAUGGAAUCUGGUGAAGCCCAAUGUUUUAAUGUUGUAGUAGUAGUAGUAAUAAUAAUAAUAAUAAUAAUAAUAAUAAUAAUAAUAAUAAUAUAUUUUCCCCUGCCCAUCUGGCUGGGUUUCCCCAGCCACUCCCCAUGUCCAUCAAUUAGGUUAGGCAAUUUAAUUAUCAUAGAUAAUAUUUGCUACUUGUCCUUCACAAAAAGUCCCAGAGUGUUGUGCAAUAAGAAUACAAACGUACCGGUAUCUAAAACCAAAAAGCAUGAAAUACCAAGCAAAAGAAAAGAAUGCAACAUCAGAUAACAGAAGAGAAACCUCACAUUCCAUCCAUGAGAGCCUGGAGAUUAAGUUAGAUUCUUAGCAGAAAUAGCUACAGUGGUACCUCGGGUUACAUACGCUUCAGGUUACAGACUCCACUAACCCGGAAAUAGUACCUCAGGUUAAGAUCUUUGCUUCAGGAUGAGAACAGAAAUCAUGCUGUGGCGGCAGCAGGAGGCCCCAUUAGCUAAAGUGGUGCUUCCGGUUAAGAACAGUUUCAGGUUAAGAACAUACCUCUGGAACGAAUUAAGUACUUCAGCCGAGAUACCACUGUACAGUCUGUGGACAAGACAAUAUGAUGAAGGUGGCCCUAAAUGCACUGGAUUCUCGGGGGCUGGACAUUACUGACAGCGAAGCAGCAUAAGAGCCACAGCCACAUGUGCCUCUGAGUGCUCGUGGUAUUCCAAAUCUAAAAUUGUGAUGGCAGUAUAAUCCACUAUGGAUCUGAUUUUAUUAUUAUGAGCUACUUUGAGAAUCCGCAUGAUUGAAAAGUAGUCCACAAAUAUUGUAUAGCAAAAUAAAAAUUGCCCUGUUUGUUCUGUAGCAUUAUAUUUUAAAGCAUUCUCUGCUGGCUUACUGUUGGAGAUAAGACAUUUAGCAGUGGGCUGUUGGUUUGACCUGAAAUUUGUGUACCCAAUAAUCCAGUGAUUUUCAAACUGUUUUCUGGGCGACCUUGAGAUUUCUUUUCCAGAAUCUUAUCUGGGGUUCCUCAAUGAAAUGUUCAGUAACAGAAAAAGCAGUUUGCCCGUCGCUAGUGUUUCCCGGUAAUUAAGGGUCGGUUCCAGAGCAUGCACUUGCUCUGAAGGUGACCAUGCUGGUGACCAUGAGGCCCCAUGGAUUUGGCCAGUAUCUCAGAAGCAGUGUCUGCCCUAGGAAAUGUCCCAGAAUCCUCUGCAAGUGUAGUGGUUAGGCAGACCAUGGCAGAAACGUGGAGUUCUUUGACAGACAAGCUGUUUCUUGAAAGUUUGAAAACACUGCAGUAAGCUAUUGCCUAUUUCCCACAUGCCAAUAGAUAACAAGAUUCCAGGAGCCUGUGAGGCCUGGCCAUUGACCAGGGCAGGAAGUUGUAUUUAUCACCCAUGCAAAUGGAGCACCUGCAGUUUCUCUGGGGACUCUGGUGUUCCAAGGAAAUGAAACUCCUGCUUGCUGGUCUGUGGAGUUGACCUCAAAAGAGAUCUGCUUUGAGCUGAUGCUGAAGUUGCCAGGUGGAGUGAGGUGCUUUGUGAAGCAUUUGUCAAAAAAUGGCACAUACAGGGUAUGAGAAAGGGCAUUUUAAUAUGGGGGAAGCGCUUUUGUAACCAUCAGAGACCAAUCAAUUGCUUGUCUGUUCUCUUGGCUGCUUUUGUGCUUGCGUGGCUUUUGCAUGGGGAAUGAAUCUUUGGAGAAAACAUUACAAUGCUAACUUGGAUCUAGAGAUGUGAAGGCCUGGGAAAAACAGACCCCCCCCCCCAUUUUUUCUAGAUUUCCCCCUCCCCCCUAGGUCUUCACAUGUCUGUUUGUAACUCUUGGAUACUCUGUUUUGAAGGAACAUGAUCCAUGUACAGUUUAAUUUUGUAUUUGAAGAAAUUUUUCAUAGCUUGUGCUUCGACAGGUGGUUGUUUCAUUAGAAUCCAUGUCUUCUCACCUUGCCUAUGGAUAUAAAUAGAGGUACCUGUAUAUGCCAUGAUUAAUAUAUAAAAAGCCUCCAUUUAUAUCUUAGGAUGUUGUAUAUUGAUAUGAAUGCAGAAGUUCCUGCUCUCGAGAGACAUGUUCACACAGCCAGGAGCUCAGCUGUAGUGAUGGUAGGUAUCAUCAGAACAGUGCGUUUUGGUUUCUGAAUUCUUUGUCCAGGGAAGCGGAAAGCAAAUAUUAAUGCUUGCUUCAGAAGAAAACUUGCAUUUAGGUGUAGCUUAAGACAGUGAUGGGAAACUGGUUGCCACAUGCUGCUGGACCACAACUCCCAUAAUCCCUAAGCAUUGACCAUGCUGCCUGGGACUGGUGGUAGCUGCAGUACAACAACCUUUAAACGGCUACAGGUUCCUUGUUUCUGUUGGGCAGAUAAGGGUGGUGGCAGUGUUCAAAACCAACCAGGCGCCAGUCACAUUUCAUGACCGGCAGUCGGCCUUUUGCGAGCAAGUGGAGUUGUCUGGUAGCACCUAACAUCUCCAUCUGGCAGGCUGGCACUGCUGUGAUGCCGAAGACAUGCCUCUUUUGCUGCUGCUCUGCCCCACGAAUCAGCUGAGUCAUGCAGCAGCAGAAGACGCUCACAUGUACAGAAGCUGUUUGCGGGCUGCUUCCUUCCAUGGGCUGCUUUGCCUCCCCUUCCCACCCCAAACAUGUAAGUUCUUAUCUAGCACACUACUUUGCAUAACAGAUUUUUAAAAUUUGUUAAUAAAAAAAUCUUUAUUAUUCUUUCUUCUUUCUUUUUUUAAAUAGUGUUACCAGCUGGGUGGAUCAGGGGAAUGCUGUGGACAUAGUGUACCUUGAUUUCAGUAAGGAUUUUGACAAAGUCCGCCAUGAUAUUCUUGUGAGGAUGCUGGUAAAAUGUGGGUUGAAAGAGGUAACGGUUAGGUGAAUUUGUAGCUGACCCAACCCAAAGAGGACUCAUUAAUGGUUCCUUGUCAUCCUGGAAAAAAGUGACAAGUGGGGUGCCAUAGGGUUCUGUCCUGGGCCUGUUGUUGUUCAACAUCUUUAUAAAUGACUUGGAUGAAGGAAUUGAGGGGAUGCUAAUCAACUUUGCAGAUGACACCAAUCUGGGAGGGGUGGCUAAUGCUGCAGAAGAUAGAAUCAGAAUUCAAAAUGACCUAAACAGACUGGAGAACUGGGCUCAGGCUAACAAAAUGAAUUUCAGUAGGGACAAAUGUACGGUUCUGCGCUUAGGCAGAAAGAGCCAGAUGCACAAAUAUAGGAUGGGGGACACUUGGCUUACUAGCAGUACAUGUGAAAAGAAUCUAGGGGUCUUGGUGGACUACAAGCUUAACAUGAGUCAGCUGUGUGAUGCAGCAGCAAAAAAAAAAAAAAAAGCAAACACUAUUCUAGACUGCAUCAACAGAAGUCUAGUGUCCAGAUCAAGGGAAGUCAUAGUCCCACUCUCUUCUGCCAUGGUCAGACCACACUUGGAAUACUGUGUCCAAUUCUGGGCACCACAAUUUAAGAGGGAUGUUGACAAGCUGGAAGGUGUGCAGAGGAGAGCAAACAAAACGAUUAUGACUUAUGAGGAGCAGUUGAGGGAGCUGGAUAUGUUUAACCUGGUUAAGAGGAGACUGAGAGGAGAUAUGAGAGCCAUUUUUCAAUAUCUGAAGGGCUGUUCACAUGGAGGCGGGAAAAUGCUUGUUUUCGUCAGCUCUGGAUAGGAGGACCCAAACCAAUGGAGUCAAGUUGUAAGAAAGAAGAUUCCGACUAAACACCAGGAAUAACUUUCUGACAGUAAGAGCUAUUUGACAGUGGAACAGACUACCACAAGAGGUAGUGAACCCUCCUUUCUUGGGGGUUUAUAGCAGAGGUUGGAUGGUCAUCUGUCAUGGAUGAUGUAGAUAAGAUUCCUGCAUUGCAGGGCAUUGGGCUACAUGACCUUUGUCUUUUGGCCAGUGUGGUGGUUGAGUGAGUUAUUUUGUAGUUUGUGUAUGAGCGUCAGCUCAGAGACAUCGUCAGGCCCUUCAGAGACUAACAGUGCAGGAGGCCACCACUCCAUAAGAGCCUGUGCCUGGUGAUAGGUGCUUACAUCCUUGUUUAAUAGAAAACACUUUGCAGGUAAGAAGUCUGUUCAUAGCCCAAUGGUCUGACUCCAUGUAAGACAGUGUCAUAUAUUCAUUUGCUCCUGGGGUCUCCAGGACACAGCAUGGCAAAAUAGAACACCAUUGUGCUCUCAUAUUCAGGCUAUAAAUGCUGUGUAAGUUGCCAGAACUGCUGACACAACUUCUGAUUUUACUGAUUUUGGUGAAGAACAUCGGUGAAAUUGGGGACUCGGGUGGAAGUGUCAUUUAUUAGUGAAGAACUAAUAGCAGGCCUCCUGGGCAUCCCCUGAACGUGGAAUUUGUUCCCCCUGUCCAUUGAAUUUGACACCCUUGAGUUAGAGGGUCUGUGAAGACUUUAGCCGCUGUAUAUCAAUUGUAGUGUUUGUUUUUAAGACUGGUAGAGCGAUCUUUCACUCUUGUGUUUUGUGAGUGAAUAAUAGAUUGGGAUUCUGACAGUUCUGUGGCUUUGCUGGUGCAGAGUUAAGCAGCAGGAUGCUUAAAUAUUCCUUUUGUGGUUUUACAUAGCGUUCCUCAUUUUGAAGCAGGCUGCCUUGUUAAAGGAAGUGCAAGAAUGCUAAUGUGGAAUACAGCCUUGAGGCUUCCCAUAUGCUCUUAAAAUACACAAGCAUCUGUAUAAUUAUGCAAGUUUAACUUUCCUGGUGCUUAGCUAGUAUAGGCAAUAGGGCAUUUCAGACUGUAAAUGAACCUUGCAGAGCAAUUUUCUGGUGCAAUGUGGACUGUGGCUUUUGAAUGGAAUGCUUUGCCUGUUUCUUUGUUAUACCUUUUUCUUUUUCUUAUCUGUUAUAUUCCUUUGCCAUUCAUCCUGUUUCCCCCUCCUCCUUUUCAGGAAACAUGCCUUGAAUUGCCACCGAAUGAAACCUGCUCUCUUCAGCGUGCUAUGCGAUAUUAAAGAAAAAACAGGUGUGUUGGUAUUUUUAUACAAAAUUCAUUUCUGAAAACUAAUCUUUCUGGCACAUGGGCUGCUGCAACUGUCUUUAAGUGCUAAAUUUACCAUUAAUGCACUGUAGCCUUCCAGCCACAAGCUGAUAUCAGUGAGACUUUGGGUACAUGUCCUUUCUUUAUGGAAAGAUAAAAAAAUAUAUAAUUACAAGUGCACAGAGUUAAGAUGACACACAAAUAAGAAGAAAAGAGAAAAGAAAUAGGACCAAUUUAGAAAACAAAAGAGAACAGGCUUUGGGGUACAUUUCUUCAGAGAGUCGCUGUUUAAACCCAUUGACUUCAUUAGGAUUUUAGCAGCCAAACUUUCUGUGUAGGCUUGUGACCUAAAUUAGUAAAUUGAAAAUAUCCAGGCAUUCUUGUAAAAUACUUGUAUGUUGUUUGAACUAGUGUAUGUACUAAAAAAAGAUGAAGGAUGGCUGUUUGACUAUCUAAACACAUACACCCCCCCAUGCUACAUGUAUGCUACAUUUCUCAUUAGCCAAGAUAUCAAGGGCUAACAUCAUCCUCCCUUCAUGCUAACUUUCUAGAAGUGAAUGGCUUUUGCUUGAAGCCACCCAGUGUUAUCAGCUAUUUGGUGACAAACACCAUUCAUUUCUCAACAUUUCUUUCUACUUUGAUGACCUCCGUAUUGUAUUUAUUCUUCCGAGUUGAUUGUAUUUGGAUUGUAGACAAACCUCUUUUAUGGGAUAGGCAACUUGUUGAACACGGAAGACCACAGUGGAAAUGUCUUGCUCUAGAGAGCUGUGGCUAAUUUGUAUAAUUUAAUUUCUGCAUAAUGAAUGUAAUUUGCAUAAUAUUCAGAAUAACAUAAUCAGCUUGGUAAUGGCAGGUGAUGCUUUUUAUGCUGGGUCUGGCAUGCAACCAUUACAGCAAUCGUAGAUGUCAUGACACAAAGAUCUGUGAAUGACAGAUAAUGUUGACUGUCAACCUGGACUGGCGGGCAGUCUUCUAAAAUUCAUGUGAACUAUACAUCUCUUACACUGUUCUUUGCCUUUUCAGUAAAUAAUUCAUGCAUGCUUGCAGAUGAGUACAACAUAUUUUCCAGCCUGUCUCCAUAUUCCUGUAUGCCAGAGCGAGGCAUGAGCAGUAGAUCUGGCAAACUCUUCACCUAGAAGAAAUUUUUGUUUGCCCCCAAGCAAGUGGCUACCUGCAGGGUUAGGACUGUGGUUGGGAUUGUCUCCCAUCUGUACAGGAUUAACAUGCAAGUGAUCUUGGUAUAUGGACCAAAUGCAAAAGUAGCCAGGGCUUCUUUACUUCAAAUAAUUGUGUAGAAGAAGGGAUGUUAGCAGGAGCGUUUAGUAAUGCAGGAGUGAGAGAAGCUGUACCUUCUGAAACUCUCACUUUUGCACAACGGCCAAAGGUACAGGGCCUUUGUCCUUCUUUGCACCUGCUCACCCAAUAAUGGAUAUAGUUUCUGAUUUUGACUCUUUAGUCUCUUGGACCCACAGACACUACAUCCUUGUGUUUCAGUGCUGCACAAGCCUCCCUCAGAUGAACAGGAGUGGUAUCCUUACCUGGCAGGGGAGAUUCCUUGAUCAUGAAGGAGGUUUUCCCAGGGUGAGGCUCCUCCACUGCGCUGACCCCUGCGAUUUCCCCAAAUGUGGGAAACUCGACUGCCUUUAUUUGUGGGGAGUGGUGAAAGGGUAUGGCUGAGCUCUUCUUGCCCAGCCACUGUUCAUUUCAGUGUAAUUUGCAUGGGUGCAAACUGAUGGUGCCUCGUGGGUCAGCUCUCUCUGUCUUGCACUCUGUCACACUCAGUGAAUCCCCAAAUGGGUUGUCUCAGGCGAUUGUCUUGUGGUCAUGAUGGGGUUGUGCUGUCUGGUUGUGUUUUGAGAUUUUUUUUACAAUCAAACCAAAGGAGAGGAUUAGGUGGAAAGUUCUGUGGGAAGGCAGAAGUCUGUGGUAAUCUUCACUCAAUGGUGACAGUUUUACUGCCCAGUUUAACCAUUUCUUUGUCCACACACCUUUUUUUAGUUGAAGUGGGGGAGCUUUUCCUUUCUUCAGUGCAGCUUAAAGUUCGAUGAAGCCACACCUAUUUACAUGAUAAUAGUGGAGAAAACAAUAAUAAAGACAUAAUAUUUAAAGAGGUAUUUCCCUAACAAUAAUUAAUAAUAGCACUGUGUUCAUUCUACAUUACACGGUAAUUCAUUAAUCCUUACACGAGCUACGUAAAGUAAGCCAGCAUUAUUAUCUCUGUAUGACAGAGGCCGUGAGAGAGAGUAACUUGCCUGUUGACUCCGGCUGGGGUGAGAUGCGACACAGCAGCUUCUCAGCUGACAGUUUAUUCUUUUAGGCUGGAGUGUAUGUGUUAGUUGUAUUAUUCCCUCUGUUAGAACACUCAUCCUUCUGUCCUCUCAGUUGACAGGUUUUGCAGGUUGUUUAAGUUCUUCAAAGCCUGUUUGACCAUAGACAGCAAGGGGAUAAAAGAAAACAGUGUAAUGGAAAAUGAAGAAUUGUACCUCCUUCAGCCCUUUUGAAAGCUAGUGUCUGUCUCUAUCCUUGGUUACAUUUGCUUUCUGUAUAUGAUACGAAUUAGAAACACAUCCCUGAUGCUCAGAAAUCAAUUGCUCAUUCAAGGUUUUAAUGACUAGAUUUUCAGUAACUUGAGAAUUUUAUUAUUAUUUUUAUGUCGCAUAACCCAGGCCUGUAACUAUACGUGUUCAAAGUAACGGAAAGACUAAGAGAAGAGGCUGCUCUUCGUGGGUUUUACUCUAGUAACUACAGAUAUAUGUUAUUGGUUACAGUGAUAUUUCCUGGGCUAGAAAAGGCUUAGGAAACAUUGCAAAGAGCAACCUGGGCAUGCUUGCUCUAUGGGUAGCAUAUUCUGUUUUCUUUUAACAGCAAUUGGCCUUUAUUGUAACAUAGCUUUACAGAACUAGGAGAAUGCUGCCUGUUUUAUCUUUUAUUGGGUUUGUUCUCUCCCUUUCUGCAGCUGAAAGAGCAUGGAUUCGCAAACUCUGCUUAAUGAAAUGUGUUUCCUGGUGGGAUUUGCCUUUCUGGGUGUGCAGUUUGCAUCUUUUAAAAUGUGCAAGUUGAAAUUCAUUUCAAGUUGAACAUAUUUGUACCAAGGGAUUGCAGCCCCAUAGUUACGUCGGAUUUGUUUAGGUCUCAUAGGUUUUUGAAUGUCUGAUGGCCUGUCUGUUCCUUAUUUAAAUUAUGGGGAGCAGAUGUUACUGCUUCAAGCAAACAAAGACCUGGUCAUAGUGUAGCAUCAGGGUUGAGGCUCUGUUUUAACGAUAAAGGGUCACAAGCUUGUUCUCAGUUCUGAAUCAGUUUCAAAUAUUGGGCCUUAUGUUUGUGCUCUCCUCUUCCCUUUUCUCUUCAGUCAAGUGCCCGCAUGCUUGCAAGAACCAAUGGUAAACUAUGAGAAAAAUUGGUGUUUCUCUCACUAAAUGUGGUGAUUCUCUGCCACUAUGUGCAUUUGGUCAAGUAUAUAUUCUAGGCCACCUCUUGUGUUUUGACUUUUUCUAAUUUUAAGACAGACUGCUGAUCAAUUUGAUUCCCUCCCUCCCUCCCUCUCUUUCUUUUUUCUUUUCCUUCUCCUCCUGCGAUGAGGCUACAUUUUAAUAUUUUAAUGUUCCAUUAUUUUAAUGUUGUAUUUUAUUUUUGUUUUUAAGUUGUAAUCAUUCAUCUUGUUUUUAUUAUUGCUUGUAAGCCGCUCUGAGCCCGGCCUUGGCUGGGGAGGGCGGGGUAUAAAUAAAAAAUUAUUAUUAUCAUCAUCAACAAGGGCACUUGACAUUCUUCACGUUUGUUGGAGGGGUCCUAAGAGUGCCCUGAUCCUUGAAUAUAAAUGUUCUUGGCAUCUCAAAAGUCUCCUCCAGCACCAUAAUUCAAAAGCAUCAAUUCUUCGGCGAUCAGCCUUCUUUAUGGGCCAGCUCUCACUUCCAUACAUCACUACUGGGAAAACCAUAGCUUUAACUAUAUGGACCUUUGUUGGCAAGGUGAUGUCUCUGCUUUUUAAGAUGCUGUCUAGGUGCUGUAGAUGCUUUCUAUUGCUUUUCUCCCAAGGAGCAGGCUAUCACCAUCUGCAGUGAUCAUGGAGCCCAAGAAUGUAAAAUCUCUCACUGCCUCCAUUUCUUCCCCUUCUAUUUGCCAGGAGGUGAUGGGACCAGUGGCCAUGAUCUUCGUUUUUUUGAUGUUGAGCUUCAAACCAUAUUUUGUGCUCUCCUCUUUCACCCUCAUUAAAAGGUUCUUUAACUUCUCCUCACUUUCUGCCAUCAAGGUUGUGUCAUCUGCAUAUCUGAGGUUGUUGAUAUUUCUUCCGGCAAUCUUAAUUGUGGUUUGGGAUUCAUCCAGCCCAGCCUUUUGCAUGAUGAAUUCUGCAUAUAAGUUAAAUAAGCAGGGAGACAAUAUACAGCCUUGUCGUACUCCUUUCCCAAUUUUGAACCAAUCAGUUGUUCCAUAUCCAGUUCUAACUGUAGCUUCUUGUCCCACAUAGAGAUUUCUCAGGGGACAGAUGAGGUGAUCAGGCACUCCCAUUUCUUUAAGAACUUGCCAUAGUUUGCUGUGGUUUACACAGUCAAAGGCUUUUGCAUAGUCAAUGAAGCAGAAGUAGAUGUCUUUUUUGAAUUCUCUAGCUUUCUCCAUAUAUAUACUUGGCUGCAUGUGUCACUCCUAAUUGUGAAGCUCUUAGUGCUAGAAGGCACUUGUGGGGGUUUCAGCAAAACAUUAUUCUGUCCCCCAAAAUACUCUCUGGAGAACAGGAUAAUCCUGGUGGUCAGAUCUCCCCCCCCCCACUGUAAAGAUAUGCAAAGAGCAUCAACAGUGGAAGAAUAAUGGAAGAUGUUGUUAUUAAUGCUGUGGAGGAUAUGCAGUGGAGAAGAGGUUCAAAAUGGGAACCUGGGAAGUCAGUGUUGUGUCACUCAUCACCACUAGAAAUACUUCUACCACAUGCUCACAUUUUGCCUGUGCAAUUCACAUUUUGCAGGAGCAAUUCAAACAUCCCAGUGGAUGAGAGAGCCAGAACUGCCUCUCAUAUUCCCAGAAAGGAGGGUAACUCUAUCCUGCCCCCUCCGGUGAGGAUUCUUUGUCACCAGGGCUUAUCUUGGAUCAGAGCUUGGUGGGGGAGUCUGCUGCUGAGGAGGGAUGGCUCUUUCUCCUUGGCAAGACAGACAAACAGCCACUACCAUGGACCAUAAAUUAAAGAACUUGUGCUUGAACUUGCAUUUUGCUCCUCCCACACAUUCCUCUUUACAGUGGUACCUCUGGUUAAGAGCUUAAUUCGUUCCGGAGGUCCGUUCUUAACCUGAAACUGUUCUUAACUUGAAGCACCACUUUAGCUAAUGGGUCCUCCUGCUGCCGCUGCUCCGCCAGAGCACAAUUUCUGUUCUCAUCCCAAAGCAAAGUUCUUAACCCGAGGUACUAUUUCUGGGUUAGCGGAGUCUGUAACCUGAAGCGUAUGUAACCCGAGGUACCACUGUACUUAUAUGUUAUUUAUUUAUUUAUUUAUUUAUUUAUUUAUUUAUUUAUUUAUUUGUGAGUGAACCUGAAGGCAGGGACCACCUUAGAACUGAUUUUUGUUAGCAGCUCUGAGAGCCUUUUUGGCUUAAGGGUGGCGUAUAAUGCUGUUAAUAAAUAAUCAAUAAAUAAUCAACUAAUGGUACGGAGAUGGGUCAGGGAUUUUCAGUAAUUAUUGCUAUGUUCAAUAGUGUGCCCCUUUUGAAAUUCUGCUCCAUUUUUAAUUGCAGUGGUGUAGGUAAUGUUUUUCCUUGACAUAAAAUGUGCAUUAGCAGAAAAUUUGUCAAAGCAGUGUAACAAUGCUUUUAGCUGCCCGCCCCCUGUCCCCCCAAAACAGUACUUCUGUCUUGUCAGGAUUCAUCCUCAAUCUGUUAGCCGCCAUCCAUCCUCCAACUGCCUCCAGGCACUCACACAGGACAUUCACCGCCUUCACUGGUUCUGAUUUAAAAGAGAGGUAGAGAUGGGUGUCAUCUGCAUACUGAUGAACACCCAGCCCAAACCCCCUGUUGAUCUCUCCCAGCGGCUUCAUAUAGAUAUUAAAAGGCAUGGGGGAGAGGACAGAACCCUGAGGCACCCCACAAUUGAGAGCCCAGGGGUCUGAACACUCAUCCCCCACCACCACUUUCUGGACACAGCCCAGGAGGAAGGAGCGGAACCACUGUGUAACAGUGCCCCCAGCUCCCAGCCCCUCUAGACAGUCCAGAAGGAUGUUAUGGUUGAUGGUGUCAAAGGCCGCUGAGAGAUCCAGCAGAACUAGGAAACAGCUCUCACCUUUGUCCCUAGCCCACCGGAGAUCAUCAACCAGCGCAACCAAGGUAGUAUCAGUCCCAUGGUGAGGCCUGAAUCCCGAUUGGAAGGGAUCCAAAUGGUCCACAUCCUCCAGGCGUGCUUGGAGUUGUUCAGCAACCACUCGCUCAAUCACCUUGUCCAAGAAUGGUAGAUUUGAGACUGGACGAUAGUUGGCCAUAUUGGCCGGGUCUAAAGAUGUUUUUUAAGAAGCUGUUUAAUGACCGCCUCUUUCAGCGGGUCUGGGAAGUCUCCAGCUCGCUUUUAUUACCCAGGAUGGGCAAGGAUCAAGGAGACAGAUGGUUGUUUUCACUUGUCCAAGCAAGCCUGUCCACAUCCUCGGAGGUGACAGAUUGGAAUUGAUCCCAUGUAACAUGACUAGAAGGGACACGGGUGGCGCUGUGGGUUAAACCACAGAGCCUAGGACUUGCCGAUCAGAAGGUUGGCGGUUCGAAUCCCCGCAAUGGGGUGAGCUCCCGUUGCUCGGUCCCUGCUCCUGCCAACCUAGCAGUUUGAAAGCAUGUUAAAGUACAAGUAGAUAAAUAGGUACCACUUCGGCGGGAAGGUAAACAGCGUUUCCAUGCGCUGCUCUGGUUUGCCAGAAGCAGCUUAGUCAUGCUGACCACAUGACCUGGAAGCUGUAUGCCGGCUCCCUCGGCCAAUAAAGUGAGAUGAGCGCCGCAACCCCAGAGUCGGCCACGACUGGACCUUACGGUCAGGGUUCCCUUUACCUUUAACAUGACUAGUCAGGACUCUAGCACUCUUCCGCCCCGGCCCUGCUCCCACGGUGGAGUCUACCUCCUUCUGAAUCCGAGCGACUUGAUAUCUGCAAAAAACUUUGCAAAAGCAUUGCAGGAGAUCUUGGGGUCCCUACCAGGCCCCGGUGAUGAAGGUGGUUCCGAUAGAUUUCGAACCACCUGAAAGAGUCUCCUGCUGCUGUUUUCUGCAGAUGCAAUGGAGGCGGUGAAGAAGGGCUUCUUCGCCGUCGCCAUUGCCAAUUGGUAGACUUGACAUUGAGCUCUAGCCCGUUCCCAGUCUGAUUCGGAAUGAGUUUUCCAUCACUGGUGCUCUAGCCGUCUCAACGAUUGUUUCAUCACCCUCAGCUCCAGGGAAACCAUGGGGCUGUCCAGGCUCCAUGCAACCGGAGAGGGCGCUUCGGAGCCAGACAGUCAAUAGCCCUGGUUAACUCCGCAUUCCAGCGGGAAUCAGCUGAAAGGCCAUCAACUUGGGAUAAAACAUCCCCUACCACUCUCUGGAAGCCAAUUGGAUCCAUUAAGUGGCGGGGCCGACCAUCUGAAUCCGUCCCACCUCCCUGCAGAGGGGAAGGGUCGUGGAGAAGUUUAGAACUUGUUUUGUACACUUUAGCAAUUUUACUCGGUGUUAGAUACCAACGAUAUAUCGUUUUCAUAUUACUUUCUUUCAACGAACAGCAUGUAGUAAAUUUUAUUUCCUCUUUUUGUAACUUUUCCCAGGAUGAAAGUUGGAUAUUAUAUCCAAAGUCUCUAGCCGAAUGUAUCAUCACUGGCUUAACUUCUUCGUCUUUUUUAUUCCAUUCUAAAAUUAAUUUGUACAUUUUUGAUAAAACUUUCACAUUAUUUUCCAACAGAUCUAUUUCAAACCUCGAUCUCGUAUCGAAACCUUUUUUUGUCAACCUUGAAAACGUCAUUUAAUUGAUGAUACUGCAUCCAGUCUGUUAACAAUUCUCUAAUAUCCUCUUUUUUUCAAUUUUAAUUGGUCUCCUGCCUCUUUUAACAAGUCUUUAUAGGUGGCCCACUCGCUUCUCAUAUUUACUUUUUAAACUGAGAUUGCUUCCAAUGGAGAAAUCCACCAUGGUGUUCUUUGUUCUAAUAUAUUCUUGUACCUAUCCCAUACCUGGUAGAUUGACUUUCUUAUCAAAUGGUUAAAUAAUUUCUAAACUGCAAUCAAUAAAACAACGACAAGCCACAGUGUAUAAAAUAAUACAAUACAAAUUGAGAAGCAGAGACUGGAGGGUGGAGCAAGGCAGGUGGAAGAAGGCCUUGCCUGAUGAAAUCUCUCCCCUCACAUUCAUUUUUGCAGCAGAUAUUCUACCCCAAAAUGAUAAUUUCAUCCUUCCCCAUACUUCAAAAUCCUUCUUAAUUUCUUUCCAUGUAGGUAUGUAAUAGUCUUUGAAUACAUUUAUAUUUUUGGCAGUUAACCAUACCCUAAAUAUUCAAUUUUCUUCCCCACACGUAUUUCUGUGAUCUGUUGUAAUUUUUCUUUUAAUUGUACAUUCAUAUUUUUCACCGACAUUUUAGUUUUUACCUUAUUGAGUUUAAAACGAGCCACUUGGUUUUAUACUUUUAUACUUUCCUCUGCUCUUAUAAUGUUCACCAGAACUUCAAGGAACCAGUAUAAACAAUAAUGGUGACAGGGGACAUCUCUGUCUUGUUCCUUUUGUAACAUCAUACUUUUCAGCUACAAUUCCCAACACUGGUUGCGUUGUGGUCUAAACCUCUGAGCCUCUUGGGCUUGCUGAUCAGAAUGUCAGCAGUUUGAAUCCCCACGAUGGGGUGAACUCCUGUUUCUCUGUCCUAGCUCCUUCCAAUCUAGCCAUUCGAAAGCACACCAGUGCAAGUAGAUAAAUUGGUACCACUGCGGCAGGAAGGUAAACGACAUUUCUGUGGACAAACAGAGUCGCCUUUGACUGGGCUUAACCGUCCAGGGGUCCUUUACCUUUACCUUUUACCUACAAUUCCCAGCACCAUUAACUACAAUUCCCAGGGUUCUUUGGGGGAAGUCACGUGCUUUAACUGUAUUGUGUGUUUGCAUUCUAGAUUUGACCUGAGAGCAUCUUUCUGUUCUUCUUUUUUUAAUGCUGAAAGUGUCUUUGAACGUAUGCCCAUGCACUUUGAGGAGCAGCAGCACAUAUUAGUGUUUCUAGUUGCUUUUGCAUGUGCAGCCUGAUCCUAUGCUUUCUUACUCCCAAGCAAGUAGGCAUAGGAAUAUAUUCCAGUAAAAUCUUAGUUGGCAGCUCCUUUAGCUGUGGUCAUAUUCUGAACUGAGCCAGGAUAACACUGAGUCAUUGGAUGGAGCCAGAAUACUUGAGCUGCUGAUAUAUAUGGAAAUUAGCUCAUUAAACUAUCUUCUUCUCAGUGUUAAUAGCAGCAGCUGAGGUUUAUAAGGAAGGGAAGACUCUGCCAAAGCUGCUGCUGCUGAUGCUCAGUAGCACUAAGGAUGAGGAAUCAGAAGGGAUGCUUCCCUGUCUCUCAUCCUCCUUGAUUUUAAUGGAGUUGCAUGGCCAAAAUAUUUCAUCUUGCAUCUGAGGGUAGAUUAUAAGGUCCUUGGGAUCAGAGGGUGUGUUGCGGUCCAGGUGCAAAGUAAGUGGGGUUGGGCGCGCAGGCCUGCAGAGGCCUCGACUUGUUCUACAUGAGCAAAUUAAGGAUUGCCAUUCAAAUACUUAGAUCAGGCAUCCUCAGCCUUGGCCCUCUAGAUGUUUUGAGACUACAAUUCCCAUCAUCUCUGACCACUGGUCCUGCCAGCUAGGGAUCAUGGGAGUUGUAUGCCAAAAACAUCUGGAGGGCCGAGGUUGAGGAAGCCUGACUUAAAUAUUAGCAUUGUCACUUAAGCUCAACCACUGAGCUCCCUCUCUCCUUCCAGUUUCUCUUGAGUGAAACCUUUGACCACUGUGUGCCAGUGCUGCUGUUUUUGUUGACAUUUGUUGCCGUUUCCCUAACACUAGUUGAACCUUAUCUUCCUUGGUCCCUGAAGAGAACUGGACAUUUCAGCCGGGGCUUAACUUCAGUUGGCUGAAUCAGCUUGAUCGUCCUGUGUCUGCUUCUUGAAUAUGUCAGUUAAUCGAUAGAUAUGUUUUUCCUCUAGUAGCACAAAUGUUCCAUCAUAAGAGAGGACUAUGAGCCCUGCUGCUCUGAUGCUACAUGGAAGAGAAAAAUCUGGAUUGGAAAACAAGCCUAACAAAUGGCAUAUCAUUCUUGUUUUGGCACCGGUGCUCUCGUACAGUUCAUUACAGCACCGCAGCAUGUUAAUUAAUGAUAUGUAAAUAUAUUGCAAUGAUUGCAUUUGCAUAUUGAGUGAGGCCUCAGUACCUUAGGUUGUGAUGUGUUUUAAUUAAGGGCUAAUUAGAAAUGAUGGGAAUUUCACUUGGCUCAGUUUAAUUAUUUUCCAUUUUGAUGAAUAUGUAGAGAGUGUUAUGAUUAGCUAUCAGAACAAACCAUGGCAUGUUAGUGGAUGUGGCUGCCCAGGUUCUCAGGGGUUUAUGGGGCUGAGAAUUGUCCAUUAAAAGCAUUCAUAAAAAUUAGGGCUGCCAGCCAAUGGAAAGGUUUCUUUUAGUCAAUUUAUUGUUGUACUAUUACUCAUUUAAUUGAUUAAUUAACUGAUAAAUAUUAAAGUAAUUCGGUUCAAGUGAUUUUUUGAGGCUAUUUAAUGAAGAUAACAGUUCUCUCAGCUAAUUAACAGAGACAAAUCCAUUCUUUCCUUGGAAAAUAAAGUGCUUUGUCUGAAUGAAGAGAAGCUCUUUUACAUGGGAACUUAAGUUACCAUGCAAUUAGAAGCCCACACUAGAACCUGUGACUAAUUUUUGAAUCCUGUUAACUCUUUUGGAUUUAAUAAAAAUUAUUUAUGACUAAUAGAGUUUCUGAGAGCUUCUUUCAGGUCUGGUGAGAUGAAUUUAGCAUUUAGGAUGCCGGUGUGUACACACUGGGUGCUUUGCUGCAACAGGUGGCGUUGCAAAUGCUCACAGCCAUUCGACUCCUACAACCUGCCAGUUGAUGUUCUGGGCAGAGCUAUUCCUGAGUCCCAGGUGAUCUGCAUUAUCUGAGAUGCUGUCAUUGCUCAGCCGUUGUGCUCUGCUCUGCCUGGGCUAGGAAAGAUGGAUUGUGGAAAAGGCGGAAAGUGUGUUGAGGCCCUGCCCAAUUGCAGCCCAAUUCCACCUACCUUAGAGAGUAAGGGUGGGAAGUGUGUGGGGCUGCAGGAGAGGCAUAGGGACUAAAUGAGAAAUAUGAAGCAGCAACCUUGGCCUGCACACACAUGAAAGAAAGCAACCAAUGUGGGAUGACUCUUUUUCAAACCUCUGUUCUUUUUUUAGUAACAUUUUAUUAAUUUUCCAAAAAUAACAAACAUAAAAAACAGUAACAAUACAAAAACAAAACAAAUUCACUUCCCUCUAAUCCCUUCCUUGGUUCAAUUAUUUAUCAAAAUACUGCAUGUCCAUUAUUAAGUUUCUAACAUAUUUAAAUCAUCUAUUAGAGUGAGAUACCAUCUAUACAUCAUUUUCAUGUAAUUUUCUUUAACCGCCACACAUGCUGUAAAUUUUAUAUCAUUCUUCCAUAAUUUUUCCCAUUCCAUCAUCUGAAUAUUAUGUCCCACACCUUGUGCCCAUUUAAUCAUGACUGACUUAACCUCUUCAUCCUUCGUUUCCCAUUCCAACAACAGAUUGCACAUUUUAGAAAUUAAUUUCAUUUCAUUUUCUAUUAUUUCUCUCUGAAAAGUUGAGAUUUCAUACGCAAAUCCCAUCUUUUUAUCAUUGUUAAAUAGUUCAUUUAACUGAAAAUAUUGCAACCAAUCUAUUACAUUCUCUCAGAUUUCAUUAAAGUAUUUCCAUUUUAAUUGGUUCUCUGUUUCCAUUAACAACUCUCUGUUGGGUCACCUUAGACCAGGCAUAGGCAAACUCAGCCCUCCAGAUGUUUUGAGACUAUAAUUCCCAUCAUCCCUGACCACUGGUCCUGUUAGCUAGGGAUGAUGGGAGUUGUAGUCCCAAAACAUCUGGAGGGCUGAGUUUGCCUAUGCCUGCCUUAAACUACUGAAGAUAAAUUGGAACGAGGGAGAAUCUUGUAUACUACUUGGAGGAAAGGGGCAAUGAAAAUGUAACCCCUUCCCCCUCCUCAGCAUCUACCGUAUUUUUCGCUCCAUAAGACGCACCUGGCCAUAAGACACACCUAGUUUUUAGAGGAGGAAUGCAAGAAAAAAAAUAUUCUUUAAAGGGAGUGCUGAGCAGAGCCUGCAUGCAUCCCAGGCUCUGCUCAGCGCUCCCUUUCACGAGCCGCUUGGAGCGUGUGCUUAGAGCGCUUGCAGGCUUUUCCCCAAGGAGGGAGAAGGGCAGCCCGUCAGUGACGGUUGCCCUUCUCCCUCCUUGGGGAAAAGCCCCCAAGAGCUGCACACAUGCUCUUUAAAGGGAGCGUGGUUCUUGGGGGCUUUUCUGGGAGCAGGGGGAAGGGACUGAGGGGCUAAGCCAGAAGCUAGAGCUGCGCAGCGAUCCCUCUUGCUGUUCUGGCUUCUGCGAUAGCUGCACAGCCUGCAUUCGCUCCAUAAGAGGCACCCACAUUUCCCCUUACUUUUUAGGAGGAAAAAAGUGCGUCUUAUAGAGUGAAAAAUACGGUAUUUUCCAGGCUCAUUUUUUUAAAGGCUCCAGUGUCUACUGGGCAUAUGGGUUUUUCCACCCAUGGAAGAAGCUGUCAGUUUGUACUACAUAGCAGUCAACGGCUGCUACAGGUUUCUUCUGGCCGAGGAAAUGGCACAAAACUGCUCUACACCACUUCCAUUUUAAAAAGUGAACCUCUGGGACACUUGGCUUUAGAGAGGACUUCAGAGAUCAAGAAGGAAGCUUAGGAAGGAGUUCCAAAUGACAAUAUAAAAUAGUCAAGAAUUUGUUGGACAUGCUGAAGUUUGCAUUAGGCUAUGCUCUCCCUUGGCCUUUGAAUGUGUUCGAUGUGUGCUUCUGUAUGGAAAAUGCAAAUAGUUUGGGAUGCUACUGACCAUAUGUGUCUUCCUGCUUUUUUGUUGUUUUUCUGGAGAUGUGCCAUCUCUUCUCUAGCCUCAGCUCCCUCCUUUGAGUGCAAUUGCAUAUGAAGCAGAAACAAAUUAUUCAAUCUUUGUUAGCCUUUUGUUUGGGUGCUAUGCAUCCUGAGGUCAUGGUUGUUACUGUAUGUGCAAAGAGAUCAUGGGGCAAAUAAACUCCUACUUUGUUUUCUCUGCUUCUGAAAUAAUCCUCUGCUCCCUAUUUAUAUUUAUCCAGUGUUAAGUAUACGCGGUAUUCAGGAAGAAGAUCCCCCUGAUGCUCAGCUAAUGAGACUUGAUAACAUGUUGCUGGCAGAGGGUGUCUCCGGGCCGGAGAAGCGGGGAAGAGGAGGACCUGCGGCCAUAGCAGCAACUUCAGGUGGCUGUCCAAAUGACAAUAGCAUUGAGCACUCUGACUACAGGGCCAAGCUGUCACAGAUCCGACAGAUAUACCACUCUGAGCUAGAGAAAUAUGAACAGGUGAUCUUUCUGCAUGGAAGAGUUUUUAUCCUCUCAGUUAAAAACAAUUGUUUUUCCUUUGCGAUCACAGAGCAGGGAGUAUACACCCAACUUUUGACUGGGCUGAAGUAAAAGUAGACUAUGGAGAAUAGACUGAUAUGUAGUUGUAAAUAUUGGUACAAGGAACCAUGUAGGGGAUGGAGGGAAGUCUGGAGAUUCAGAGAAUCUCAGAGUAUGGUUAUUUAAACAAUUUUGUUAUAAAUUUGUACUUGUAAAAACAAAUAAAAAUAUUAGAUGGGGGAAGAAGAAGUAAAAGUGUUUGGGGGCAUAAAUUCAUUUAGGCUGCAGUCUUGUGUCCUUUUGUGAGCUUUUAUGUAGCUUCAGGAUUAUGACCUUUUCUAAUUCUUGGUUGCAUUAAAUGUGGCUGAGUCAAUAGCGUUGGGGAGGCAUUCCUCUUUGCCACAGACCAGUGGUUUGCAGAGAUCACUUCCUUUCUUCUCCAGAAGCCAACACCAGCUUAUGUGUUUCAUAGGGGAAUUUUGUACAGAGGUCUUCAAAAUUCUUCCUUUUUCUCACACUUUCUCACUGACUUUCAACAGAGCACAGUCUGCUUUUUGCAGAGAUUGGUACAGCUGAUUGGCCUUUAUGUGUAGAUAUGGGCAAAUAAAAAUAAUUACCAAACAAAUUGGGUCAAGCCAUAAUGUAUGCAGCAAUAUUAGUGUAAAAAAAGUAUUUGAAUACCUGCCUAUUAAUAAUAAAAUGUAAUGGCCCUCUGCAGUUUUUUAAAAAAUCAGACCUGUGUAACAUAGGCUACAGAAUAUGCUGUUUCUACAUAUUAAAUCUCACAAAGACACCUAAAGUAUAUUUUUAAAUAUUAUAAUCUUGUAUUAAUAUUUAGACUGCAUGUGAUGCCAAGUUAUCUGCCCCUUGUCUAGUCUGUUGUGUAAUUAUCACUCCCAUUUAUUUAUAAGUUUUGAAUUAAAUGUGACCGUUGCUUGAGUACAAUAUGCCUCUCUGCUUCUUAUUUCCAGGCUUGCAGUGAGUUCACCACCCAUGUGAUGAACCUGCUCCGAGAACAGAGCAGGACGAGGCCAAUUUCACCCAAAGAAAUUGAGCGCAUGGUGAAUAUAAUUCAUGGAAAGUUCAGCACCAUUCAGAUGCAGCUGAAACAGAGCACUUGUGAGGCUGUGAUGAUCCUGCGCUCACGGUUUCUGGAUGCAAGGUAAUACAUGAUCAAGCCUCAAGGGAGACCCUUCUUGUGUCCAGGAUCUUGGUGGCAUAGAAGGCUGUACAAAGUGUGACACUGGGCACAAUGGGAGAAGACAAUAUUGAACCUGAUACAAUGCGUAGACAAUAAACACUGGAAGUUAUUAGCAUCUAUGGUUUAGGUAAAGGUAAAAAGGUAAAGGACUCCUGGACGGUAGAGUCAAAGGUUAUGGGGCUGUGGCGCCUAUCUUGCUUCAGGCCGAGGGAGCUGGCGUUUGUCCACCCACAGUUUUCCAGGUCAUGUGAUCAACAUCGCUAAACCACUUCUGGCGCAAUGGGACACUGUGACAGAAACCAGAGUGCAUGGAAACACUGUUUACCUUCCUGCCACCUAUUUAUCUACUUGCAUUGGCAUGCUUUCGAACUGCUAGGUUGGCAGGUGCUGGGACAUCUAUGCUUUAACAAUAUCCUGUUUGGGGUGCAAUCCAGCAAAUUCACCCAUGAACUGUGGUGAUUGCUAUUUUUAAUUAUGCAAGUUGCAUUUAUAUACCUUGCAUUGGAAACAUCAAGUUUAGGCCCAGUUUUAUGAUUUCCUGGGAUCUGCCUCCUGUAUGGAGAGCCACCUUUUGCCAGAUGCUUCUGCAGUAGGAAGAGUCAUCCUCUUUCUCCAGACUGACCCAUCUAACCCAGUAUUAUUUAUUUUAGUAGCAGAUUUCCACGGUCUUCGUUGGGGCCAUUUCUCAGCACCAGUUAACUGAUUGUUUUCACUGCCACCCUGGGAGUUUUAUUCAAGGGUAGAAUCGAAAUAAAUAAACUGGAAUUGCAAGGGCCAGAGCCUAGGAACUUCUGUAUGUAAAGGAUGUAUUCGGCCACUGAGAUAUGGUUCCUUGUUCUUUGUCUAUUCCUGCUCUGAAAUGUAUUAUCUGUUAUCUGAAAGUUUUCUGUCUUGAAUUUCAGGAAAGUGUGCUUUAGAUUUGGGGGGUAAUCAGGGAUUUAAUCUGUCAUAUCACUUUGUAAGUAUUUUUAAUUGUAUUUAGAGCAGUCUACUUAAUCUUGGCUGCCCUUUCAGUCCAGAUAUAGAUAUAUAUACACACACACCUCAUGCCAUGCUCACUCCGUUUUCCCAUUUGGAUAAAAUCUUUCCACUGUGUGAUUUCCUGCAGCCCUCCUUGGCUCUUCCUUAAGCCCUUGGGCCAGCACACAGUGUGCUCUGACAUCAACUGUAUGAAUAAUUUCAAUGUGUUCCCAGGCGUAAGCGGCGGAACUUCAGCAAGCAGGCAACAGAAGUCUUGAAUGAGUAUUUUUAUUCUCACCUGAGUAACCCUUACCCCAGUGAAGAAGCCAAAGAAGAACUAGCAAAGAAAGGAGGCAUCACAGUCUCACAGGUGGGUGGUCCAUCUCCAGUGAAUGUGGUUGUCUGUUUUUCAAACAUUUGUGUAGGCAGAUGCUUGUUUCUGACCGUUGCAUCCUGUAGACUUUAAACAAAGGUUUUCAAAAUUUUGCAGAAUUUCAUGUAAGUUUUCUUCUUUUUGAAAACGUUUAAUCAUUGUAUAAAAGACUAAAACAACAGUUAAAAAUUGUAAGAAACCAUGGUCUAGAUUCAAGUAACCCAGUGCACUACCAGAAGCCAGUGCAAGCGUUUCCUCUUGCCGCCCCACCCCUAAAUCCACUCAGGGGUGGGGGGUGGGGGUGGGAGAACCUUGAACAUGGUGCCAGGGAGGAAAGGGGAGAUUGUUCCAUCAGGCAAGCAUUUCUGCUGGCACAAUGUUGAGUUCCACCCUACAUGGAAUGUACGAAUGAAGUGUAAAUUCUAUUUGUAAAGCAAUAUAUUUAAUUACCUAAUAUAGGUAAUUAGUUUGAUUUUUGUUUUCAUUUAAAGAAAUAUCUGAUGUAAACACCGGAAGCUUGAUUUUGUAAGUCUUUUCUCUUGGUGUUAGGCUUUAAUUCUUGAUUAAAUCAUAUUGAUUUAAAUCAAUUCACUGUUGACCGAAGAAAUCCUUAAAAUCUCUUAGUGAGAAAAAUAAAACUUUGGAUUCCCUCUCAGUCGUUCUUACAGUAUUACCAAAUCCAGUUCUUUCAAGCCUUUUCUGUUUUCUUUUUUUACUUUAAUCAAAAAGCAAACCAGGAUGUUUUUAUAGUCAGUCUUUGCCACUCAACCUUAUGUCCUUUGGAAAUUUUCUGCUGGUCUGGCCGGCUAUCCUGUAGUUUCACCAUUUUGCAAAGCUUGGUAGCAGCAUGCAGACUGAGUCAAUCUCUGCUUGACAUCCAUCAGGUUUCAGGGUCGAAAUUUUCUGCCACAAAAAUUAAGCUGUAUUUGGUUAAGAACAACUUUUGGAGCCUAUACAGAUUGAAAUAAAAUCUGUUGGCUUACAGAGUGACCUAUGCUAAUCAUUUGUCAUUUCGGUUAGUAGGAAAGUUUUUCUUAAAAGAUUUUAUUAAGACUUUUCAGAAUACUUUACAAUAAAAGAACAAACUAAUCUAAACAAAAACAAAGAAUCAAAAGAGAAAGAGAGGAAAAUAAUAAUAUAAAGUCUUCCUUCUUAGGUUGUUCUACCCAGAGAAAGGUGAGCCCUCUCAGCUCUCACCUGGGAGCUUUCCUUUCUUCUCCCACCCUGAGAGAUCUUCCCUUCCCUGCCAGAUAUAAAUGUAUCAAAUAAAAUAAGUAAACUUGCCAAAGAAGUUGGCCGCCUCAGCUUUUAGCAUCCGAUUCCACAAAGGAAUUGUAUAAAACAGUGUUUCUCUACCUUGGGUCUCCAGCUGUUUUUGGACUACAACUUCCAUCAUCCCUAGUUAGCAGGACCAGUGCUCAGGGAUGAUGGGAAUUGUAGUCCAAAAACAGCUGUAGAUCCAAGGCUGGGAAACACUGGUAUAAAGCACUAUUCGUGCUGGUCCCAAAGUAUUUGCAAUUCUGCAGAUGGACCAGUGUCAGCAGCUGGUGUGUGCACCCAGAGACUGGAAUUAUGACUUUAUUUUGCACACUCUGGGAACAAUCUUUGUCUCCUCUCUUCUGUUGAUAGCUGCCUAUACACUAAUUUGUUCACACAUUAACUUAGUUAUUGUUGCAGGUCUCAAACUGGUUUGGUAACAAGAGAAUCCGGUACAAGAAAAACAUGGGGAAGUUCCAGGAGGAGGCUAACAUUUAUGCAGCCAAGACAGCGGUGGAUGCAACCAAUGUGGUGGCCCAGGGCAACCAGACAAGUUCUCCACCCACCCCAAAUUCUGGUAAGUGCAGAAAGCCUGCCUCUAGAACAGGAUUUCCCUGGACACCUGCUGGGGAAACAUGUGUGCAGUUGGAAGAGCCUCUUCUGUGCUGUUCUGAAGUAAAGAAAGCUACAGAAACGUGAAUAGACCUCAUUGGCCUUGUUUGGAAAGUUGCUUAGAACUGCAGUGCAUGUCUAAAUCCUUCUGUCCCCCCCCCCCCACAAGUUUUGCCUUUUCCUGCCUUCCAAGAGCCAUUCUGGUUGCUAUAUAUAAGUGCAGCUUCUUGAAUAGCAGUAAACUUCUGAGUGAACCAAGAUGGACUGGAGCAUUUCCAGUUCCCAAUAUGUUUUGAUCCAGUUGUUCUUCAGGUUGUGUUACAAAUAGAAAGCGCUAGAGAAAAUACUUAACAAGCAUUUCUGUUUCUUCUUUCACAAGCUUGAUUGCCAUCUAGACACAAUAAGGCUUGUCAAAGGGCAAGUCAAUGUAUUUUUAGAGUUAUUUUUGCUUUACUGAAGAACAACUUGUUUGAAGCAUCUUGGGAACUGGAAUAGCUUCAUGAAAUCUUUGUACACCCGCUGGGUUGUUUGAGUUGUUGUCUGCACAUUGCUCUGUAUUACAUUUAAUUUCACUUCAGUUUUGUCCCUCAUCAUCCCAGUACUAAUUUUCAUGUCUUUCCCAUGCCUGCCCCUGAAUUGUAGCCAGUCUACCUUGCUGGAUGAGACAGCCACAUUUCUAGGUGGUCCUUCAAAGAAAUAAAUGGGAAAGCAAUUAUUUCUUCAGAACCACUCUAAACAUAUAAGUUUCAGUUCACCAAGUCCAAGACCGUGUCACAUUUUCUAUCUAAUAGUAAAGUUCAUAAAUUGUUAGUAGCACAAGCAUAUAUAUGAAUCAUGUUGUGGGUGUGUGGUAUUUGUUAGGAGAACAGUGCGGGGGGAACUCCCCCUCCCUUCAUUCUGUGGUUCCAGUCUGAAAUGGAAAGGAUGCUUGGGCUGCCUGCUAUAUCUUUGUCCAAACAAGGUUAGUGUAUGGGGAGAGGGUUCUCUACCACAGUUUGUGUAGGGAGAUCUCUGUUUUUGCCAGUCAGGGUUUUGCGUGUUUGGUGGACUGUUUCCAUCUGUAUGUGUGCAGUCACCCUUUUCUAUCCCUGGGGAUCUCACCUUUAACUACUAUGAUUGUGAGUACAGAAGGAUGCUUUGAGCAGUGGCUACCAAGGAGAUAAGCUGGGGCAUAUUCCAUGGUGUAUGCUUGGUUCAUGGGAGGUAGUGGCCAGGCCUGUAGAGCCUCACCACUAGAAGAGAUUGUAUCCUAGAACACAGACAUGCAGCUGUGCAUUGGAAGGAGAGAUCUUAUGGGGAGGCAUCUUUUUUAACACACACGAAUCCCUGAAAAACUUCCAAGAAACCUCAGGAUUCCCAUGGACACCAUUUGAAACCACUGCUUCAGAGUUAACAAGGGGAUGGGGAUGGACAAGGAAAUGGGACUGUGAAACUUUUCACUAAGCCCCCAAAGUGGAGCACUACAGAAAGUUAAUCAUGGGAUCAGGUGCAAAACACAGCAGCUCCUUGUGCUAAUGUCUUGAUAAAAUUGCGCAAAAAUGAGCAGGUGCAGACAUACCAUUAGGUAACUUCUUUUCCUCUUCAGGUUCCUCUGGGUCAUUUAAAAUGACAAAUUCUGGAGAUUCCUUUAUAAACCUGCAAUCACUCACUUCCUACCAGAACUCGCCAGUGGGAGCCAAUGUGCAGUCACAGGUGGGUGUGCAGAGAGAACUGUGUGACAAAUCCCCUGCGGUCUUCAGCAGGCAGACACUUACAUCUAAGUGCUCAAAGCACCACAUUUAUGAAUUACUGGAUUUUAAGAUCUCCUGGGAAUUUUGCAAUAAGAUGGUCACCUGUAGAAGUGACUUAAUAGGAGAAAGAUUAUUUCAUAAAAAAAUUUUUUGCUCCUUGGGCCAAGUCUAUUUUUUCCAGUCUUUGCUAAGGCAAGGAAAGAUUUGCUUGUUCUGUUCUAAGAUGGAGUUGGCAACAUAAGCUCCGAUAGUGGGGCAGAAGGGGUUGGGUUGGGAUUGGCCCAUAGUAUAUGUAGGAAUGUCAUGCAUGAGAGGGUAGGGCUAGUCACAUACACAUUUGUACAGGAGGACUUGCAUGCAAGGUUUAGAAAGACUUGAGCAUAACUUUUUUUGUGCAGCAGAGUUGAAAAAUACUUGAAUAUAGCAUAUUCCUGCUUUGGGACUAUUGUAUCUGAACAGCGGUGAAGCCAAACAGCUGCCAAGAAAUGAUGGUACUCUGUAACAUCACCGGUAGCAUGUGUGGCAGGAGAGUAACAGUACUUCCAGAUAGUUCAUUACUAUAAUUAUACACACCCUGGGUUUAGAGCUCCUAAUAAAUUAGAUUCAAGAUUAAAAGGCAGCACUCAUGUAAUGCAAGUGUGAGGUACUUUGUGAGGCUGUGUCAUACAUUUCUAGAGCAGGGGCACUGGAGGACUUGAGUCCCGGGCCCAGAGUUUCAUCCAUCAUCAUUUUUUUUAUCUGCCCAGUCUGAAAGCAGUCUCUGUGCUCUGAGCAUAGCACACAAUUGUGUCACAGUGCUGGAGAGAUGACAUCUGCUGCAGAAGGUGGACACAAAUAAAGUUAGAAACAGAGAUUUAACUUGCAGCCAUUGCCCCAGCUGGAUAUGGUAACAUUUCAAGCAUUCCAUUGGAGGCCACAUAAAUGGCGUUGGGAUGGUGGUGCUUUAGGUGGCGACUGAAGUAUCUGCAUAACUGUUUGAGCUAUUUUUUCUUUUGCCAAAUUGGUUGUAUUGUUACAGAUGGAUUCCUUACACCAUGUCAUACAUCAGGCAGGAAGAUAUGACAGCAUUGUGGGGAACCCUCUAUAUUCAACGCAGCGUAUUGAUGUAAGGAACCUCUGAUUUUGAAAGUGAAUAUCUUAAGCUUCAGAAGUCUGACUGGGCAACGAAGGGUAAUGUGCCCAGCUCUGCAGGUGUAUUUAAAAUAAUACUGUACUUUGCUGAGACCUUAGCCAUGGUGUUGCUAACACCCUGCCACAAUGCAGCACUGCUCCAAAGAGAAGGGGAAACAGGUAGCCUACUUCCAGCCCUUGUCAUUCAGGGGAUCGGGGGGGGGGGACCUGCCCCUUUUUUAUUUUAUCCCUUUUCUGUGUCAUUCAUGGUACAGUGAAGACCAGGAUCCCAAGUGGUUAGGGGAUGGUCAGAGAGAGAAGAUGGCUUACCUACCAAGCCAGAUUGGCCCAGUGGAUUAGAAGACCCACGCCCCCUCCCAUUGGAAGAGAGAGCUGUCAGUUGGAGGAAGAGACUGCAAGCGACAGUGAACUCCACCCUUGGCCAUGGAUUGUUUCUGCUUGUGGGAACGGAAAUGUGGGAGUGGCUGUCACUGCACAUAAUGUUCCAACCUUUGCUCUGAAUUCUGUUUGAUAAAACAGUCAUAAGCAGUAAAAUUUUAUCCAUUUAGGUAAGUUAGCUGGAGAAGUUGAGCAAGAGCAAAGGAAUCCCAUUUGGGGAACAGGAAAAGCCGUGAAACAAAUGCAGCGGAAGCAGCAUUCACACAGUACUUUGCCUUCUGUGCUCCAGAAAGUGAACUGCAGUGUCAAGACUUCUGUUCUGAGGUUAAGUCUUAUGGAACAAAGUAUGUGUCUUGUACAUGGCACAGUGAUCUCCCACUGUGAUGUGGGAAAUCAGAAUCAGAAUGGUUUAGGAUGCAAGUAACACCUUGUGGACUUAACAACAAAAUGCAUUUAUUCCCUCUUCAGGCUAAUGGCAGCUGGCAGGAUGCUACUACCCCUUCAUCAAUCACUUCACCUGCCGGAGAUCCCGGAAGCAUUAAUUCAGAUGCGUCUAAUUAAAUUUUUUAGGACCUGUUGAGGAGAGGAAAGAGGUCGUUAGUGUAACUUGUCAAUGUUGCUCUUUUUUUGCCAAUACUUUUGAUUCUACAACUUGACACACACAGCUAAUUACCUCAGACAAAAGAAAAAGAAAAAAGAAAACCAAUAGAAGAUUGUGAUUAUAUAUGGACACCUCUCUACCUCUCGGCAUGAUGUGCUUGAGUCUUCUGGCUUCUGCCCUUUGGAUUUUAAAGGAACUGGCUUCAUUUACCAAACCAAAUUCCUUUUUUAAAAAGAAAUAUCACUUUUAUGCUUACAAGUCUGAAAGUGUUUCUCCAAUGAACUUUGGAAUUUGUCUCCAUUUUUCCAAUUUAAAAAAAUAGCAACUGAUUUUAAUUUCUAUGUGUUUUUAUUAUAAAAAUUCUGUUCUAGAUGCUAGUUACUAACAAAUAGCCCCUCUUGUAUUGUAAUUGUAUGCGUUCUCUGUAUUGUAAUUUUGUAUAGGAAGGCUUUUUCUUUGAACUCAUUAACCAGAACAGGCCAUUGCUUUACCAAAAUGAUUGUUGGACUUUGCUCUCGAAUAGAAAUUUCAUCUUCUGUGUCACUCUCAUGUAGUUCUAAUUUAAUGUCUUAGAGUAAACACAGACUUCCUUGUGAAUAGAUUUUUGUGCAUUUAGAAAAAUGUUAAUAGCAAAGUCCACCACUUUCAGUUGAAAUUUUAUCAAAGAAUAAACUUCCAAAGUCCUUUUUUUCCUUUCUGCCUCUUUCGAAGCCUUCCUUCAUGUUUGUCAGCUAACAGCUUCCUGGCAGGUGGAUGAAGAAAAGAAGGAAAUAUUUUGCCCUAUAAACAAAUAUAGUUACCUAUGAAGGUGCUUGGACAGAUGAAGGUACCGUUGUUCCUGUGCUAUGACAUAUGGGCGAAGACAGAAGCAACAUUUGGUAGAGCAGUAGAGCAUUUGCUUCAAACCUCUCUUUCUUUUGGAAACUGAGCUCUCGGGAUGCUUGUGGGGAAAUUAUUCUGAACGCUUGUAGCAAAAGCUCACUGGAUGGGGCUGUUUAGCUGGCACCCAGAAGCCUCCCCUAUAUCUGUAGCAGAAUCCUGCAUGUAAUUUUAUAAAGAGAUGUUUUAUGAAUG